UUGGCGCGCUCGACACGCAAUAUCAAUCCGGAAAACCGUGGUCGUGGAUUUAUUGGUCGGAUACAGUGUUCCUUUUUUCCCUGGUGGUGAGCUGCUACAGCCUCCACCAGUAUUUAGAAGGAUAGCAUGGGAACAGGCGGAGAGUUGAAUUCUCAUUUGCCUCGCUGUGGAUGAAAGAGGUUAUUUUUUCCUAGGUAGGGGCAGUAUGAGAUGUUCUAAAAAUAGUGAUGGGAAGUUACUGGUGGUAGGACCACUGUGAUACCGAAGGAUACAAACAGAGCGAAUGAAAAAUACAUUAGUGAACAUCCGAGGCAACAAACGUAAAAAAAAAUAUAACAGGGUGUAGAAAAUCUCGACAGUGCAAAUCCACCAACAGCCACCGAGGAAGAUUUAGCUUAACGCCCAAUUGAAGCCUGGAACAACCCACCGCCCGCUGUCUUUCGGGUGCAUUUCGUCCUACGUACGUACGCGGAUUUUCAUGGAUACAGUUAUCUAACUGGAAGGAAAUAGCAGCGACAGGCUACAAGUGUUUCAACUAAUCACCGGAUUCUGCGAGAAAUUAAAGCAACUCGUAUUGUGGCUCAACUAGUGGGUGCUCUCCGGUGUGCCAUUACGUGGUUAUAAACCACCUGUCGAUUGCAAUUAAAAGUGAUUCUACCAACGCCUCAUAUUUCCUCCCCCGGAUAUCCCGCUUUCCAAACCGAGUGCUGAAGGAAGGAAAACGUCCAGCGAGACAGCAUGAAAUAGUGCAAUCUUCGUUUCGUGGAUCAUCUGCUAGGAAGAUCCACUAAUCGUUUAAUCCUGCCAAUAACUAGUUAGUAUCUAAGCUCUAAUAAAUUAAUCGAGGGGGCUGAAACAAUGCAGAAAAAGAAAAUUUAUACGAACUCAGAAGUGGUGAAUGUUAAACCAACUACUAAUUUACGGACAUAAACAUAGAACACGCCGUGUGAUCAAGUAGGCGACAAUUUUAAGCAAAAACAAAAUGCAAAAUAUUUUCCUUGGAUUCAUUUUCAUACAAUAGUAUACUUUGUGUAAAAAAUAAUUUAUAUGCCUACAGUGAAGAGACACACACACUAAAAAAACGUGCUAGCCGAAAUCAACGUGACCGUGGGAAACACCUGUGUUUGACUUACUGGCUGCAGUGCGGUGAUAAAAGUUUCUACCAGAAGGUGAGCUUCCACGGACGGAACGAACAGAACAAUACCCGGCUUCAGAGCAAGGCCGGCAAUUUCGUACACGACAUUCGUCACUCCCAAAUGGAUACCGUGGCAAUGCGUGCUGUGAACCAGUGCUAACAACAUCCUGCCGCUGGAUGGGCGACGGAAGCAUUGUGACACGUUAUGUGGAAUAAAAUACUGUUUUCGUGCCGAUUUUUGGGUGCCCGUCGAGUACGAUAAUAUGCUUUGUGCGUGUUCAGAGUGCGAAACGCAGUUCAAAGUUUGCUUUUAAUCAAACGUAAAUGGAUUUGAUUGUUUUUGCUGCUGCAGUGAUGCACGUGCCGGUAGUUAACACUUCCAUGAUUAACUCAUUAGUGAUUGGAUGAGGAGGGUGACAACAGUGACCGACCGGGAAGAUUUACUGGGUUGCUGGGUUAGACUUCCUGUGCUCCGAAGCGUAUUUUCGCGGUGUGUUUAUUUUACAUUGCAACUCCGUUUACCGUCCGAUUUCUAAAUGCUCAGCCCAAAAAUGCAGCGAUCCGUUCGUGUCAACGAGCAUCAGCUGAUUAUGCUGUCCGACCGGGCGCAGUAUGAUCAUUCGAUGCACGGACAUUUGCACAAACGAACAGCAGAUAACAACAAAUGGCAGCUGCGGUGGUUCGUCCUUUACCAGAAUCUGCUAUUUUAUUACGAAUCGGAACAAUCAAGCCGGCCUUCUGGUUUGAUCUUUCUGGAAGGCUGCUACUGCGAACGGCUUGUUUCAGCCCCCUCGUUGUCCGGUCCGCCAAUUGGCAGUGGUGGCGGACAGGGUUCCAAAGCUACCAAAGAGGAAAAACUACAGCACUGCUUUACUAUUUGUUACCGACGCGAGAACCAGCGGCAGUACGAGCUUCGAGCGUCCACGGAGUCCGAAUGUUCGGCAUGGAUUAUCGCCAUUAGAGAGGCAAGCUUCAACAAACUACUGCUACAGAAGGAGGAACUGGAGCAAAAACACGUCCACCUGCUGCAGGUGGUUGAAAGUGAGAAGACAGCUAAAUGGCAAUACACUCAGCAGUGUGAAGAACUCGCAUCCGAAAUACGGAAACUAAGGGCCGAGCUCUGUGUGCUGCGCAAGGAAACCCGCUCCAGCUAUUCGGCCACUCCGGUGGGUCGCGGUAGUUUCAGCGUUCCGGGCGACACCGUCGAUGAACACUCGUCGCUUCCGGGCCUGUGUGCGUCAGUGCAUGAUUCGAUCGAGCUGCGGAAGAUAAAGAAAGUGCAGAGUUUUUUCCGUGGCUGGUUGUGCCGCCGGCGAUGGAAGCAAAUUGUAGAGGAGUACAUUCGGUCACCGCACGCGGAAAGUAUGCGGAAACGGAAUCAUCUGGUUUUCAGCAUGGUGGAAGCCGAGGAAGAAUACCUGGAACAGCUGGAGGUCCUCGUCGCUUGUUUUUUGCGACCGUUCAAAAUGGCGGCUAGUUCGAAACGGCCCCCGUGCUCUCACGAAGAUGUGAACUCCAUAUUUCUCAACUCGGAGACGGUACUGUUCCUGCAUCAGAUUUUCCUGAAAGGAUUGACCUCCAGGCUCGAAUCGUGGCCGACGUUGGUGCUUGGUGAUUUGUUCGACAUGCUACUGCCCAUGUUGAGCAUCUAUCAGGAGUACGUUCGUAAUCAUCAUUACAGCCUACAGGUGUUGACCGAGUGCAAAAGCAAUUCGAAUUUUGCGACGGUACUGAAACGGCUCGAGGCGAAACCAACCUGCCAGGGUCGAAGUUUGGAGACCUUCCUGACGUAUCCGAUGCAUCAGGUUCCACGGUACAUCAUCACACUGCACGAGCUGUUGGCCCACACCCCACACGACCACGUGGAACGCAAGAGUUUGCAGAAUGCGCGCCAACAGUUGGAGGACCUUUCGCGCCAAAUGCACGACGAAGUUUCCGAGACGGAAAACCUACGGAAAAAUCUGGCCGUAGAGCGCAUGAUCGUCGAGGGGUGUGACAUUUUGCUCGACGUGAACCAAGUUUUUGUCCGGCAGGGAAGUUUAGUCCAAGUGCCACCAGGUAGGGGAAGGAUCCGAAGUCGGUUGGCUUCGUUCAAAAGCGAACGCGAUGCGGUGCGACAGUGUUUUCUCUUCUCGAAUCAUAUGAUAAUCGCAACCAGAACCUCCGGCGGACGUUUGCACCUGCUGCCGGAUGUGGGUAAAAUUCCGCUGGCGGAUGCUACCCUGGUUGAGGAUCCAAGUGAGGUACAGCACGACGACGAGGAAGCGUCCGUCUGUUCGGCGUCGACUCGGGGCAGCACGUUAAGUGUUUCCGAAUCGGUGAAUGCCGGGAAUCGAGAUUUCAAAAUAAUCGUUGAAACGAAGUCGGGCGCUCGACACGGUAUUCAUCUGAUAGCACCCACCAUUCAGGAUAAAGAGGCUUGGAUCAGUGAUAUAUCACAAUGUUUGGACAACAUCCACAUGCACUCGCUACUGUCUCCCGGAAUUGGAGGAUCGUCAGGAGGAUCCAUAUUUGCAGGGCACCAAGCUCUACGUGCCGAUCCAAGAUUGUUCAAGGACGAUGUUGACAUUCGUUUUUCGCGAACGUUGAAUUCCUGUAAAUUACCUCAAGUUCGCUAUGCAACUCCGGAGCGAUUACUGCAACGGUUGACUGAUUUACGGUUCCUAUCGAUCGAUUUUCUGAACACAUUUCUGCUCACGUACCGAGUGUUCACCGAUGGAGAAACGGUACUGAAUGCCCUCAAAAGUGUGUUCUAUGAUCCGCCGGUGGAGCCCCCGUGCGAUUGUGAUCACCAGACGGAUUUCCUUGAGCUACCGUAUCAGGAUGGGCGUGCAUCUCCCCGGAGGACCUCGGGAGCCAGUUCCGUGUCAGGCUACUGUUCCGAGGGUGCCGACCGAGAUCGCUCGAUGAGUGGUGAUUCAGCCGGUCUUCGUUUCCGUGGUUCUCGGCGAGGAUACGCCAGCCAUCAAAGUUCGGAGCAGGAAACUCUGUCCUGGAUUCCGGAGCAGGUAGGGCCGGUCAUUAUUCACGGUACUCAACAUCAAGAAAGCACCCAAGAGGAGAAACCAACUUCACCAAAAGUCGACAGUACCCACAUGCAAAGCAAGUCCCAGCAGGAAAUCCACCCACAGCCCCAGGAUGAUUCGUACCUGGUGAUACCGAAACCGAUGGCCGGUUCCAGUAGUUCCGAUACCAUAGCCGAGGCAGCAAAGAGUGGCCCAUCGUCGCCAUCGAAUCUGAGCAGUGUGACGUUGGUCGGUUCGACCGGGUCCGGUGGGGAAGAUAAAUCCGAAGACCAGACGCCAACGGACGGAACGUUCAAAUACGGCAAAGCGCCCAUUGCGCCACUACCGGAACGUGUAAAUCCGAAACAACGGAGGGAACCAUCGACGCCAACAAUCUGCACAACGGAUACCACCAACAUGACGCAGCAUCGACAACUGAUAGAGAAUCAACAGCAUCAGCAGCAACAGCAGAUUAAAAUACCUCAAUCUCCACCAAGGUUAACUACAACGCCCUGUCACGGUCCGGCCAGUGUCCAACAGCAACUUCAGAACGCCCGGGAACAGCAAACGGUGUGCCAAAAUGGACACGAAAGUCCGAAAAUAAUAACUCAGUCUUAUCUGAGCACUACAACCACGACAACGGUCACGAUAACGACAACAACUACCACAACGUCUGCCAAAAGUAUCUCGCCACCACAUCUUCUUCCGAUGGACCGUAGACCAAGUGUCGGACACACGAUUGCCAUCCCCCAUGCCGCACUCUGCCAGCAUCGUCACAGCUUACAGUUAAACGGCGAUGGUAGCUUCUAUGGCAAGGGCAGCGACCGGCAACAGCCACCGAUCAGCAGUCCACGACUGACCACGCGGAAGUUCUCCGCUCCGAAAACGCCAGAUCGCCAGCGGAAAAGCUUCUUCGGUACGCCCCAGCGCGAACGAGACUCGUCGAGUUCACGUCGAUUCUCCGAGAGUGAUGAUGACAUGACCACCUCGAUCUUCACAACGCCCCGCGGUUCGGUGGGUGGCGUCUCGCUCAACACCCUCUCGUCACGUGCGUCGAUGCAGCAUGACCACGUCCCGCACUGUUCCAGCAAGGUGGGAGUCGUAAUCACAUCCUACCGACAAUCACAACGCAGCAUGGGACCCGAUCCAUUGUGGAGUAGCACCUCAACUGCAGCGGCGGCUUUCGCAAUCGCUACCUCAGCUUCCAGCAACCCAAGGGACGAGCCCCCCGAUGUGGAAGCUAGGAACCGGAAAGAAUCCGUUGUCAGUUCACCGGCUACGAUGCGUGUGCUCAAUGUGCUGCGGCACUGGGUAUCGAAGCACUUCCAGGACUUCGAACAGGAUGCAGCUUUGCGCUCCCAGACGAUAGCCUUUCUGGACGAUAUCACUUGCAGUCCGAACCUAUUGCCAACCGAGCAUCGAGCUGCAUCCCAACUGUUGCGACUCCUGUGCCGCGAGGACAUCGAUAGCGGGAAGCAACAGCUGGACACGCUGCUGACGCCCCCACAGACACCAAGCAAAGAGAGUAUUGAGACGCUAUCGGCCCUAGAAAUAGCAGAGCAAAUGACGUACCUGGAUCAUCACAUAUUUCUGGCUAUUCGAAGCGAAGAAUUCCUCGGUCAGGCGUGGAUGAAAUCGGACAAAAAAUCGCGUGCUGAACAUAUCAUUCUUAUGACGAAGCGAUUCAACGACGGAUCCCGGCUGGUUUGUUCGGAAAUAGUAUCGCGAAGUAAUAUGGCGGCGCGGGUAGCCGCCAUCGAGAAGUGGACGGCCGUGGCGGACAUCUGUCGUUGUUUGCAUAACUUUAAUGGAGUAUUACAAAUCUGUGCUGCCUUCACCAACGCGGCUGUAUAUCGGCUGAAGAAAACCUGGGACAAAGUACCUAAAACAAUCAAAUCGACAAUCACCAAACUGCAGGCUGUGGUGUGUUCCGAUGGGCGCUUUCGAGUGAUGCGUGAGGCACUGCAUCGCUGUGACCCACCCUGCAUUCCGUACCUGGGCAUGUAUCUAACUGACCUUUCCUUCAUCGAGGAAGGUACGCCGGACUUUACACCGGACCGAUUGCUAAAUUUUUCCAAAAUGCGCAUGAUUGCACACGUGAUACGCGAGAUUCGCCAUUUCCAACAGACACCAUACAAAAUCGAUCACAUACCGAAAGUUACGUCCUACCUCCUGGAUACAUCGUUGCUGCUGGACGACGACGAAUUGUACCAAAAAUCGCUACAGAUCGAACCGCGAAGUUCGCGUCUCAGUGCGCCGAACACGGCGAAUGUCUAAACCUUUGAAGAGUGCAAUCGCGGAAACGGAAGCAACCCAAUGAUGAUGAUGAUGAUGAUUAUUCCAUCCGAGUUUUUGAAUCUGCGCCGCUCGCCGGUGAUUUGUGACUUUCUGUGACGUGUGAUGUGUUUGAUGUGAAUGAAGUGUGACGAAUUGCAACGUUCGCUCUCGGUACCGCGUUUCCAGUGUUCGACGGGUGCGGCGAAUCUCCAGUUUUGUUUCGCAGAUGAAAACAAUUAAAACUUCUCCAUGAUAUCAAGUGCAACUUUUAAUAGAAUCGAUAGUUCGAUCAGACAACCGAAAUAAUCAGUGAGCGUCGUCAUCCGCACUCCUCCGAAGGCGAGUGUACAAUCGGUAAACUUUUGAACCUGGGAUCCAAGCGGUGCCGGUGAUGUUCCCAGGUAUGGACCAAUCGGAGCCCAUGUAAGCCUGAUGAUCUAUGCAGAAAUGGUUCCCUAGUCCCGGAACCGACCGGAUGGUCGUAAAUCAAUGCAAUCAAAGUUCACUCGUCUGAUGAUGCGGCUGCUGAUGAUGGCACCGGAGAUAAUUACCUUCGCCGAGAAGUUCGACUAGGAAACUGCACGACGUGAAAAGUUGAAUGUAACCGUUCGUGGUGGAAUCGCUUCAAAAAAGUUUUAAGUUGCAACGACAGGUGGGAAUUGGACCGAACAGCAAUGCAAUUGUGGCCAUCUUCACGGUGAUUUAGCGGAUGAAACGAUAUAUACGAAUGGAUGGAUGCAUUGGAAAGUUGCUUUUUUCCAGUCCAGAGAAAUAUUGUAGUACAGAAUUUUCUCAUCUUUUCCUAAUCCUGUUUGAAAGAAAAAAACAAAAAUCUUGAAAUGCAUAAUGACAGAUACGUAUAAAGGUAAAUUUUGCAGCUAAUCAAGAUUCAAAUAAUGCAUCAUAUUUACUAUAAAGAAGAUACACAAAUUAACACAAAUCUCCUCCUAUGCCUUUGAAUGUACACGAGUAACUCAAUUAAAAUAAUAAAUCUACUAAGAGAAAUGUUCUAGAAGUAUGUUUUCUUGUAAAAUCAAAUUAAGCAGUAACGAGUUAUGCUGGUCAUAACGCAACGUCACUUAUGAAUAUUUGUUCUAGAUGAUAAAUAAAAACUGAAGCGUUUUUGGUGGGAAAAACAAACACAAACACACCCGUAAAGACAAGUAGAAACACAAUUGAAUGUGUGUGUGUAGGGGAAGGGGAAAAACCACCCGACUUUGGAACUUGCAGCCGAAAAAGGGCAGAAAAAUUAAAGAUGUACAACCGUAGUCAUACGUAUGAUGUUCGGGUGAUUAGUAGAGCAUUUUUCCAUAUACAAACAAAUUAACCUCUACAUAUCUCCAAUCGACUUGAAUUAUAUACCAAAAAAAAAAACAAUCUAAACCGAAAUUUAAUGUUAACCUGUUUGUUAGUCUUGCCAGAAAGUCAAAUCAAAUUAUCGGCAAUAUAGUAGAGAUAUAGAAGAAAAAAAAACACGUGAUAAAUUUCGAAGGUAAAUAAAAAAAUAACAAAACAAAACUGUUAACAUACUUCAAACCUUCUUAUGACUUUCAGAACCGAGUAAAAACCGGAACAGUAAGUAAUCAUAUUUCGAUUUUUUUACUAUCACUUUUCGCGCUCACUGUUGGCUGUUGGUUGUUGGGUUAUUGUGCAAAUAACGAUGAUGUGACAGUGUUUAGUUAGUUGGAAAUGUGUCACUCAAAUGAAAGAAAAAUUGCCGCCGAUACAAAUUUUCCACGAGUGAAAUCAGUAACAGGGGAAGGCAUUUAAAUCAUGAAGAAAAAUUUGAGUACAGGAGCUUAGCUUGAAGUCGAUCGCCGAAACCGAUUGUGAUGUAAUAACCCGUAACUAUGUUUGUACCAAACUCAGAUAAUAUAAAUAUCCGAACAAGCUCUGAUAAGUAAUACUUUAGCUAAAACAGCACUCCUAUUUAUCGUAUCGAAUCCGUUGGACUGAUUCAAAACAAUCCAUAACAGAAACCACGAGGGUCCCUUUUACCUGUUAACUAACUAUCUGUUGAAAUGUUAAUCGAGAAAAAAAACAAGCAUAGUUUAGGCACAGUGUGCGGAAAAACAUAUUUUUAUGAAAUCUUGUAGCAUAUUUAACAUAAGCAAAACAAAAAAAAAAAAACAUUUGCAGCUACCAAAGUGACAAACAUUGGAACCUUUAACCCCAUUUUCAAAUAGAUCAAACAAACAAACACAUAUAGAAAAGAAGAAAAAGAAAAUAAACUACUCAAUCAAACCGUUGUGACUAUUUUAAUACCUUAGAAAGUCGAUCAAUUUGAAGAAGAAAAAAAAUAAUAUAAAAACAAACAAACAUAAACUGAACAAAGCCACAGAAUGGCGUUUGCAGAAUCCGAUAAUCACGUUCAAUCAAAUCCAAAUACAAUCAAUUUUAUAGUAAUACGCUCCCAGGGCGUUAAGAUUUGCUCAACAUUCGUUCACUAACAUGUCCAAAGGAUAAUAAUGCCAAAGAUUAUCGUAAAACUCCAUUCUCUAAAUUAACGCAAUCUGUUUGGUCAGAACUUGAAAAAACCAAAAAUGCUAUACUAAAUAAAAUUCCUUCCUUCUGAAUUGAAACCAAAA